UGCGCAAUUACGGUAGUUGAUGAAGACUUGUACUUGGGUGGUAUGGAGUUUUGUUGAUUGCCCGCUAAGUGUCGUAAGUUCGGUGCAUGUGAGACUAUAUUCUUAAUGCAGUGUCACCGUGCCAUAUUAUUUAACCUGUGUUGUGCGUAAGAUUUGUAGAAAUUGUCUAAAAAACAGUUCAUGAACUGUACGAAUAAGUCUAAUAAUUCACUGUAUUUUUUUGCUCAGUGCAAUGUGGUCAAUGGAGGACUUGUAGUGGUAAAUAAAGCGAAGUGACAGACGAAUUGCUAUCUCCUGUCGACUGUUAAUGCAUCCGUUGCGCGUGAAUCGACCGCGUAAAAACUGCGCCGCCUAGCCGCCUUUCGAAACGGCGGCGGGGCGCAAUAAGUGUUCAGCGGUGACGCGAACCCUGGAGCCUUACAAAGGUCUACUGGUGCGGAGGGCGAGGCGGCAGAAUGGACGACGCCGGCAGCAACAAGCAGCGGCAGGCCACCAGGGUCUUCAAGAAGAGCUCACCAAAUGGCAAGAUUACAGUAUAUUUAGGGAAGAGAGAUUUUGUAGACCACAUCACACAUGUAGACCCGAUUGACGGAGUAGUACUAAUCGACCCAGAAUACGUCAAAGAGAGAAAGGUUUUCGGCCAUGUUCUGGCCGCGUUCAGAUACGGGCGGGAAGACCUCGAUGUUCUCGGCCUUACCUUCCGAAAAGAUUUAUAUCUUGCUGCUGAACAAAUAUAUCCAGCAACGAGUACACCAAAGCGGCCUCUAACGCGUCUACAAGAGCGUCUAGUUCGGAAACUGGGACCGGCAGCGCAUCCGUUCUACUUUGAACUACCACCACACUGUCCCGCGUCUGUGACGUUGCAGCCUGCGCCGGGGGAUACAGGGAAACCAUGCGGAGUUGAUUACGAGCUCAAGGCCUUUGUUGCAGAUUCGCAAGAUGAUAAACCACAUAAAAGAAACUCGGUGCGGUUAGCAAUCCGGAAGAUAAUGUAUGCACCAAGCAAGCAAGGAGAACAACCUUCCGUGGAGGUGUCUAAGGAGUUCAUGAUGAGCCCUAACAAACUUUAUUUGGAAGCGUCGUUAGAUAAGGAGCUCUAUCAUCACGGUGAGAACAUAGCCGUGAACGUGCACAUAGCGAACAACUCCAACCGAUCGGUGAAACGUAUCAAAGUGUCAGUUCGACAGUUCGCCGACAUAUGUCUCUUUUCCACGGCACAGUAUAAGUGUACAGUCGCAGAGGCGGAGAGCGAAGAAGGUUGCCCGGUCGGUCCAGGGUUCACAUUAAGCAAGGUGUUCACGUUGACACCUCUACUCGCCAAUAAUAAGGACAAAUGGGGAUUGGCGCUCGAUGGUCAACUUAAACACGAAGACACCAACCUUGCGUCUAGCACACUAAUCGCAGAUCCAUCGCAACGUGAGAAUUUAGGUAUCAUAGUGCAAUAUAAGGUCAAAGUGAAGCUCUGCCUUGGACCACUUGGCGGGGACUUAAGCGCCGAGCUACCAUUCAUCUUGAUGCAUCCAAAGCCGGAAGAGGAGCCGGCACGGCCUGUGGCCGAACCCUCCCCGCGGCCUGUCGAUCACGACCUCAUUCAGCUCGACCCGCCGCCAGAUGAGAACGGCCAAGAGCAAGACGAUGACAUAAUCUUCGAGGACUUUGCGCGGCUGCGGCUGAAAGGUGCCGACGGCGGCGACGCUUGAAUACGCGCCUUUUAAUUCACAUGCAUUUCGUCAAGCCGCGUUUACACCUGCCCAGUAACUGGCUUCAUAAAAGGACACAAGACUUACCAGCUCAUAAGCAUCUUGCUGUUUCGAGCAUUAUGCUUGUCUAUUUUCUGUUCCUUGUAAAUCAGUAAUGUUCUGAAUUAGUAAUUUUUAACUCAUUUAUUCAUUAUUUAUCCAUUAACUCAUUUUUAUUUGCUAUACCGACUUUAGAAUCGUCGUUACAAGUGUUAAUUUAAAUAUGUUUGUAUUGCUAUUUUCACAUUACCUAUAAUUCUAAUACGCUGCCGUUACUGGCAUAGUGUAAACCAGGCACAACAACUCGGUGAUCGCCGUGUGCGAUCUGUCCAUGAACUAUCCUGUACAGUGUAUUAUGUGUUGAAGAGGAUUCACUAUUGUGUUAUAAUUGGUACACACUUUGGGGAUAUUGUGGUAGGAAAUAAUUGUAAUUACAGUGUAAUAUAAAUGCUUGCACUAUUUAUAACUACAGUUUAUAUAAGAACUUGCACCGUUUCAGAAAGAACCAAUAUAACAAGUGGUACUAGCCUGUACGUAAAAACUGAGAAAAAAGUCAAUAUUAAUACUAGAUGGCGCUGAAAUCAGUGGAUAAAAUACAAGUUAUCUCAAUAGAAGCCAUCGCGAAUGAGUUUAGGAGUUUUAUAGUGACCAAUGAAUGUCCUCUUGUUUCAAUGGUGCAUGAUUUUUGGGGACUUUAAUUUUUUUACAAUAUACACUUGUACUUGUUAAAUUCGUAAAUGUUAUUCGAAAUAUUCCCUAUAAUUGUGCACAAAUUGUAACACAUUACUGUAAUGGAGAGUUUUAUAUAUUAUAUUCGAUGUAUAUUGUAUGUGAAAAUUUAUUUUAAUAGUUGUCUAUUGAUCAAAUAUUCGAGUACAAGUUUAAUUUUAGCGUAUUGUUAUUUUUCAUUGGAAUCAUUGGCUAUUUGUUUCAGUAUUAUUCGACAAGAUUAUCGAAGCAUACGACCUCGUCCCCUUUAAAAAUGUCACGGGGGUGAAAGUACCACUUUUUGCAGUAUUGUCGAGUAGUAAAAUAUAGUACAAUAUUCGUUAUCUAUCACGCAUUUAAUAGAUUAAAAAGUUUUGUACUUUAGGAAAAUACUUUCUGGCGGUAGUGACGUAUACUUGUUCAUGUUGGGAGUAUAACAAUAGUACCCUAGCCGUGGUGACUUUUUAAAUUUUACAUGCAACGCGGACCAUUUGUGCGAAGGGAAAAAAGCGCCAUGCCAAUAUUUACAAUUUCUGAACGAAAUUUUUUAAGUCACCACGGCCACGUAGUUUCGGUGUUAUUAUUAUGGCGCAUUCACAUUACGCAAGUAACUUGCAUACAGUUGUACUUUCACAUCUUUAUGCUAGUAGUUGUGUAGUUGUAUACGCCUUUAGUCGCGAGGGUAGGCCCGUGACAUAUGGGUCAAAAGCCCCCCGUCUGUGGCCUUCGAGACAGAAUUUAACGUCGUUUUUGGUCCGAUAUCAUUCAGAGCAACCUAAGAUUAAUUGUCAGUAUAGUCUAAGCAUAUAAUUAUCAAGCAAUAUUAAUACUUAAUAUUCCUAAAAAAUUGCUGAAUGGUGUUAGACCUAAAGCAAAUUCUUUAGGAAAAUUAAUAGUGACGAAUUAUAAAACUUUGAAUAUUAUUAUGUUAACAGUGCUGAGUUUCUUCGUACAACUUGAACUGCUUCUUCUAUUUGGAGUUUAUUGUAAUAAGUAUGCAAGAUACAACGUUACCAGUUCAUUAAUGUGAAUUUCUAUUGUAUUUUAUGGAGCACAAAUUUUUUACUUGUUUGAAAUGUGUUUUUGUAAUUAAAUUAUAAAUAUAGAUUUUUCUUACUUCCAUAAUGCGCAAUGAAAACCUAAUCGAACAACGUUCUUUGCUUAGACUUUUUCGGUUUGUCGUUUUGUUGCUAAUUUGAUUUUUUUAAAGAACAUUUCUAAUUUAAGAUUUUAAUAUUGUAAAUGGUCUCCAUUGUUUAUUGACAGUUUUGUUUUUAUAUAUAGAUUGAUUCUCUCUAAAUAGACUGUGUACUGUUGUUGUACUGGUAAAACGAUGACCAGUUAACAUUUACAUGCCUUGCACUGGUAUUGAGGCCAAAAUCGGGUUCUUUUUGUAUUUGUCAUUGAAUUGAUUUUAAAAGACCUAUACUACAAUGUUGAGUCACGCAAGUCACACGCAUCCGCUGUUCAUCUGAUCUAGUGCAUGCCCUUAAAAGAACAAGGGCCAGUACACAUCACGUCUUACAAUAUCCAUUCUGUAACGUUGUACAUUUGUUUCGCUGUACAGUAAGUAGUGUAAAUUAUGUCGCAUGUUUAUUGUAUACUACGCUUUAUGAUGCACAAAAUCUUCUUUAUUGAACCUCGCCUGUAAAGUAAAAAUCAAAUAUUAAAGUUUUUUAUAACCUUUAAAAUAUUAAAAAAAAAACUUAUAUGUCGGGGUUCCAAAGUUAAUUUUACAACCAAGAUGCAAAGGGAGAGUGAUGUUUUAUAAAAUAAUUGUAUCAAUGCAUUAUUUCAUAGUUUAAUAUUUCUGUUGCUGUAGAAUCCUAUUAUUUAUGUAUUAUUAAGCGUUCAAUGGGAAUAAACAAUUUUUACUAAGUACUUUCACACAAGUUUUUUAAGCAGCGAGAAGUGUUAUUAUAUCACUUGCACUACUAAAAAGCUUGAUGAAAUAAACUUAAGGAUUUAUUAGGAAUAUUUAGUAUUUAUGACAAUCGUACCAUUAUUCAAGCCUUAAUCGUGUUUUAUACCAUGUUUGAAGUUACCGGAGUUACCAGUUUUAUAAAAGCUUAAAAAACUUGGUGAUGAUCGUACGAUUUUAGGAACAACAUCAUUCGUAUUAAAUUUAUGAAUUAUUCACAGCCAUUUGGUAUUUUAUGGCCUACGAGUUUAGAGUACAAUUUUACAAGUCAUUUGUCUAAAGAGUUCAGAGGCUAUAUUUGAAUUUUCCUCAUGCAGAAUACUCAAAGAAAUCCCCCACUACAGUACUCUCUAUAUUGGCAACACUCAAAGAACAGUGUUGCUAACAGUCAGAAUUGAAUACCUCUUGGCUGUAAAAUGUUAAUGUGCUAGAAAUAGGUAAAUAAAUACCUUACAAAGAAUGGUACAUAAUAUGCGUUGUUGCGGCAAUUUUUGUAAAGUUCAAGUUGACCAUUAGUGACAGAUCGCGAACUUGAAUUGUGAUCGGGGAGAGCAUGAAAAUUCAUUUAAAAUUUUCGAAACUUACCCGUUAUUACAUCUCUUUGUUACCUUGUUAUUCAGUGAAUAUGCAUGCUCAUGAAGAACCUUGUCUAUAUGAAUGUACGAAAUGUAAUGAAAGCACACAUUCUUUUUUAAUUUUACAUCGAACAUUUUUUGAUGUAUACU